CCUUCAUCUGUUACUGGGCGUGACUUGAAGUUAGCCUUCUGGUGUGAGCGGGUCAGUCUUUGUGUUUGCAUCAGUGACAGAGCCUUUAUGCUUGCCAGUGCGCUCUUGAGAAUGUCUGUGGGUGUUUUGUCCCUUAACCGUAUCUGCUGUGUGUACACCUAUGUGUGUACAUACGAGCAGCAGCGUAACUGUGUUGGGAAUACAAGCUGCUUGGGUUUAAACUAGGAAGUGCUUCUUAGGAGCCGUAUCAUCUCAGGUGGCCAGAAUGGAGCUGUGGCCGGGGGUAUGGACUGUGCUGCUGCUGCUGCUCCUGCUGCUGCUCUUCCUGCUGCCCGCCCUGUGGUUCUGCAGCCCCAGUGCCAAAUACUUCUUCAAGAUGGCCUUCUACAAUGGCUGGAUCCUCUUCCUGGCUGUGCUCGCCAUCCCUGUGUGUGCUGUGCGAGGACGCAACGUUGAGAACAUGAAGAUCUUGCGCCUGAUGCUGCUCCACAUCAAAUACCUGUAUGGGAUCCGAGUGGAGGUGCGUGGGGCUCACCACUUCCCUCCCUCACAGCCCUACGUCGUGGUCUCCAACCACCAGAGCUCACUCGACCUGCUUGGGAUGAUGGAGGUACUGCCAGGCCGCUGUGUGCCCAUUGCCAAGCGUGAGCUGCUGUGGGCUGGCUCUGCUGGGCUGGCAUGCUGGCUGGCAGGAGUCAUCUUCAUUGACCGGAAGCGCACAGGGGAUGCCAUCAGUGUCAUGUCUGAAGUCGCCCAGACCCUGCUCACCCAGGAUGUGCGGGUCUGGGUUUUUCCUGAGGGCACAAGAAACCACAAUGGCUCCAUGCUGCCCUUCAAACGUGGCGCCUUCCACCUUGCAGUCCAAGCCCAGGUUCCCAUUGUCCCCAUAGUCAUGUCCUCCUAUCAAGACUUCUAUUGCAAGAAGGAGCGCCGCUUCACUUCGGGGCGAUGUCAGGUACGGGUGCUGCCCCCAGUGCCCACAGAAGGGCUGACACCAGAUGACGUCCCAGCUCUGGCUGACAAAGUCCGACACUCCAUGCUCACCGUUUUCCGGGAAAUCUCCACUGAUGGCCGGGGCGGUGGUGACUAUCUGAAGAAGUCUGGAGGGGUGGGCGAGGCCCGGCUCUGAACUCCCCUCCCAUCUCCCCCCACCUGGCUCCCACACCUAUCAGCCCACUGUGCCCUGAAGCAGGGCCAAGCCCUCUUCCUUGUUUCUCCUCUCCCUACUGUUCCCCUCUUUGGAAUCUUCAACUUCUGAAGUGAAUGUGGAUACAGCGCCACUCCUUGUCCCUUCCCAGCUCCCCCCUCCUAUAGACUCUCCUGCCUUGGUGCAUUCUCCACUCUGACCCCCCACCCACCUCCUGUGCCAUUUUGUCUGUGGGAUGGUUGCCUCCCCAUCUCUAGUGGCUCACCUACACGAGGGUGUGAACACACCAUCCUUUCCCCAGUGGACAUUUUUCCUUUGUGAUCUUCUCUCCCUCUCCACCCCACAUUGGCCAGUGGACUCAUCCAUUCCGUUGACCAGUACCCUCCCACAGGUCCACAGAUUCAGUGGACUCCUCACACUGUGGCUGGAAGCAAUGCCUGGAACAUUCCUGGCUUAUCCUGGGAACACUCUUCAGCACCCUCACACUCCCUCCCAUGGAGCCUCCUGUCAGUGGAGGCUGGACACCCAGGUGCCCAGGGGUGAGCCUACUCCUAGAUGCCAGUUUGGUCUCCACAUUUCUGCUUCCCCCUGUCCCUGUGGUACGGUUCUUCAGUGGUCCUGGCCCCAAUCCAGUCCCCUGCAGCCCUGCUGUACCAUUCUAACCACACACAAGGGAAGAGGCAGACAUCAGGUGCUGCAUUCACUUCUCCCUGGGGAGUUGGGGAAAGGGAACUGAACCCUGGCUGGAGGGGCUGGGAGGGCUUUUAAUUUAUUUCUCUUUCUUUUGAGGCUUCCCCUCUCUGAGCCAGUUUUCAUUUCCUCCCGUGGCAUUACCACUCCUGCCUCCCACCCCAGACCUGUGCCCACAAACUGGAGAGGUGGGCUGGGAGCAAAAGGAGAGGGCGGGACCCAGUUUUGCGUGGUUGGUUUUUAUUAAUUAUCUGGAUAACAGCAAGAAACCGAGAAUAAAGACUGAGAGAGAGAGA